AGGGAGUAAUCAAUCAAGAAUAAUGGAACAGCAGGCAAAGCUGAUCGGGGCAGCCGUGGACUUGCCGCUAGAACUAAUUGGAUUUCAAUUAGAAGAGUUAUCUCCACAGAAGGUCGCCGGCCGCCUAAAAGUGACCCAAAAAUGUUGUCAGCCAUUCAAGGUGUUGCACGGGGGAGUAUCGGCACUGAUAGCAGAGUCGCUGGCCAGCAUAGGAGCCCACAUGGCGUCGGGCCUCAAGAGGAUCGCCGGGAUUCACCUCAGCAUCAACCAUAUGAAGUCAGCUCAGCUGGGCGACUUGAUUUUUGCUGAAGCUCAACCCAUCAACGCUGGCAAAACCAUUCAGGUUUGGGAGGUACAACUAUGGAAGAUCGAUCCUUCUAACUCUGUGAGAAAAAGCUUGAUAUCAUCAUCAAGGGUCACUCUUCUAUCCAACCUGCCUGUGCCAGAGCAUGCAAAAGAUGCCGGAGAUAAUCUCAAGAAGUACGCGAGGCUAUAAAAUAUUAUUAUUUCACAGUCA